AGGAGAUGCCAUUCAACUCCGUCAGUAUAGCUGUCUGUAUGGUAACUGAUGUUUAUAUAAGGCCCUUCGGGGACCACACGGUUCCCUUCCUCGCUGAUUGCAUGCGGACAAAGGGAAUAUAUAGAGCUCUCAUAAUAGUUAUCAAUAGGCGACCCAUAUUGUUAGUUUCUGGUAGACCUCCAGAUGUCAAUUGUGGGACCAUCCGACCGUGACAGAUUCAUCUUUACGUCGACGUCUCCGUCCUUCGCAUUACCAUGACAAAUUGCUCACAAGGUGCCUGGACCCCUCAGUCCUGGGCUAUGAAGCCUGUUAUGGCUCAGGCAGUGGAGUACGAUGACCCGAAAGCUUUGGAACAAGUCAUCAGGACGAUAUCCACCUUGCCCGCUCUUGUCAACCCGAUGAAAAUCGAGAUUGCCCGUAACAACUUCGCCGCCGCAGCACGAGGCAAAGCGUUCAUUAUUCAAGGCGGUGACUGCGCAGAGAGCUUCGACGAUGUCCGCCUGCAUGUUAUCCAACAGAAAAUUAAGCUUCUACAGGAACAAUCGCAUCUACUUGCCCAGGGGCUGGGACUGCCCAUUGUAACGGUAGGACGGAUUGCUGGGCAAUACGCGAAGCCCCGGUCCUCUCCAUGGGAUACGUUGGAAGACGGGUCGAAAACACAUGCUUUCCGCGGACACAGUGUCAAUGGGCCGAGUCUGAGCGAGAGACGCCCCGAUCCAUAUCGUCUGCUACUGGGAGACUUCUAUUCUCGGACGACGCUGGAGAUGAUCAAGGACAUCCAAAGCACACCCACGGUUACGGGUCCCGGAUGGCUUCCCACGCCGUCAUCCUUACCGUUGACCCCAGAAGAGACAGAUGUUGCACCACUAGAAACCCCAACUGGGACUAUUUUCACAUCGCAUGAGGCAAUCCACCUCCCCUAUGAGAGCGCUAUGACGCGCGAUAGCUACAACACGUCGGCUAGUUUCAUUUGGAUCGGUGAACGCACGCGGCAGCUGGACGGGGCCCAUGUUGAGUAUAUCCGCGGCCUACGUAACCCCGUCGGGGUAAAAAUUGGACCUACUACGGACAGUUCAACACUGGUCGCGCUUCUGGAUACCAUCUGCCCGGAGCCGCAUCUUCCUGAGAAUCUUGGUCGAGUUACGAUUAUCACGCGGCUCGGCGUUGACCAGGUUGCCACGGUUCUCCCACCUCUCAUCAGAGCUGUGCAGAAGGCCGGACACACCCCCGUCUGGAUGUGCGACCCCUGCCACGGAAAUACACAGAUUACAGCGACCGGUCUGAAAACACGGCAUGUAGGCCGUAUGCUAUUAGAGGCUACUCGGACCUACCAAAUACACCGGGAGAAUCAAUCUCUGAUGGGAGGGUUACAUCUCGAACAAACCGGAGAAUAUGUGUCGGAGUGUAUCGACGAUAUGAGUACGAACGCCGAGAAUAGUUUAAGCUUGAACUAUCGCAGUUUAUGCGACCCUCGCUUAUCCAACGCUCAGGCCUUGACUUUAGUUCGGCAGUUUGUGGAUUUUGUGCGGCGUUGGGAAGACAAAAGGAACCUUGGGCUUUAG